CUCUCUCUCACUCACUCUUUCUCAACACCCGCGUUCCAGUCCCGACUACUGCCUGAGCCGCCACCUCACCGUGUCGGCACUGUCUACUCAUCCCUCAACACGACCAGAAGCGUCGCCUCCUCCGGCUUUUGGCGCCAUGUCCGCGAAAGGCUAUAUCUCAGUAAGCGCUGAAGAUGAUGACAAUGCUGUAAUAAUCGAUGAUUCAGAAAUGGAAGAUACAAAAAAUGAACUUGAAACACAAGGAUGUGUCUCAGUCGAACAAAACAUUCAAGUGAACUGUGACGAUCAAUAUAUAACUCGACUUGCCUAUGAUAAUGAAGAUUUAUUGGAUUUGGAGGAACCAAUUUCAUCACAGAUUAACCUUUCAACAAGUAGGCGAAGACACAGUGACAGCCCAGAGCAAAUGGAAGUAGUUUAUUUACGUAAUAGACGCCGACAUACACCCUCUCUAGUGAGGAUGAGAACCAGAGAACCUGAAUAUGAAGAUGGAAGUGUGAUUUAUGAGUACGACCCUGAUGAAUGUGGAAGUGUUAUAUCUGAAGCUUCAUACACAGGAGAUCAUCAGAAAACUCUUAUGGAAGUUCUUAAUUAUUGUCAGGCCAUGUAUGAUGCCAUUCAGAAAAUGGAUAAGAAGUUUGAUAGCCUUCAUCGUAAGGUCUCAGAAAUGCAACGCAGCCAAAUAAAGCCUUUACUUUUAAAACCUAGACCAGUUGGAUUUACAUACAGAAGUUCUAGUAAUCUCUCAACUGGAAAGAUCAGAGUCCAGAAACCAACAGAAAGAAGGCCAAUUCAGAUCUUACCCACUCGGCAUGGGUGCCGCAGCCAACCCACAAAGGUUAGGCUGCAGAGGAACCACAUACUGACUAGGUCUCCACAAACUCUUCAACCUGAGUCACAGCAUCCGGUGCACAGGCAGAGUCCACCCCUCCCUACAAUAGUUUCCACCCAUUCAUUGUGUCCUCCAUACGGCAUGGCUAGUGAGAUGCCUGCUGUUCCUUCCCAAACUAAUCAAGCAAUGAUAGUCCCUACUACUGUGGCAUCUUUGGCAAUAGCCUCUCCAGUGGUUUCAUCAGUGAUGUGUACAAUCCCAGCGGUAGGUUUGGAGAGAGACGAUAUGAUAACAACCUACAAAACUUCACCUAGAAGUACCAAUAUUCACAAUGAGCUGCCAUCGUCUUCUUCUAUAAAUCCAGCAACAGCCCCCAGUUGUUCAUUGUAUGCACCAGUCAGCACAGCUAGAGAGUUAUCUGAUCUUCCCUCUCAAGCCAGUCUUGCUACUAAAGUAAUUGAUAGUCCUGUUCAUGUGGUAUCUUCAGCUGUAUCUUCCCCCAAAUUAUUGCCAGUUAUGCCACCUGAAACCAGUUUGGAGAGAAACAACAUGCUGGUAACUUACAGAACAUCAUCUGGAAGUGGAAGUGCUAGCAGCAAUGAGGUGCCCUCUUCUUCUAUGAAUCCUAAUUUCGAAUUUGUUGGCGAUCCAAAACGGAAUGUGAAGGUCCUUGGAAACUAUUUAAUGAAAGCACGUCAAAAGACCAGACCCAAAUAUGCCGCUCGCUACUUAGUCCGUGUCUUGUUCCCAAAAGAAACAUUGCUCUGUAGUGUGAUGGGUGUAAGAGCACGGGGGCGGAGGACGUUAGACCCUAACAAGGUGGCUGCAAUAAGAGAAUUUCUUGCAACUUAUUUCUCGAGCUAUGAUCUGAGUGAACAUGGAAGAGACUGGAAAACCUGUAUUACAAAUGUGAAUGCAAUGAUCCGCUGCUUACGUUAUGAAACCAAAACAAGCUCGGAGAUGAUUGAAGGAAAAGAGAAACCUCAGGACACUCCAGACACAUCUGUCUUUGUAAAUUUAGUUGAUAAUGGGGAAGAGAAUGAGCUCAAUUCUCAAACUAGCUCAGCAUCAAACCAACUUCAGAAUUCAGCAUGGAAUAAUAACACGCCGGAGAUGUUCCAUACACCAUCUUCCAGUAAACUGCCAUCUUUAGAGCCAAUGACACACCUUGGGACUCCAUCGCGGAAUGUCCAGUUGCCCUUUUCAGUUAUUUAUGUAGCCAAGGGGAAAUCUCGGCCAGAGCUUUCAGCACGCUACCUGAUUCGUCAUCUCUUCACAGAGGAUGUCUUGGUAAAAAGCAAUGUGUAUGGCAAUGUGGAACGUGGCACUUAUCCACUGGAUUGCAACAAAAUCAAUGCUCUUAGAGACUUUUUGCAAGAAAACUACCCAUCUUUUGAUCUGAAGGAAACUGGAUAUGACUGGAAAGCAUGUGUUGCAGCUAUAAACAGUACAAUUCGCAGCCUGAGAUAUGACCAUAAAAGGGCUUUAGCUGGUGUCCAGAGCAAAGUAUUGGCUGAAGCACUGCUGGUGUCACGAAGUUCAAAAAGUUCUCUGUGAAGUCCUACUUCAAUGUAACCUUAUAAAAGCACCAUACGUCUGUCAAGGCAACUGCGUUAUGUGUCUAGUAAAUAGCCUGAUCUGUACGACAGCUACAUUGGACUUCUUCGAGACAUGAUACAACUGUUCAUUAAUCGUCAGCUUAACUAUUUUAGUAUUCUUAACAAAACCAAAUUUAGCAGUUCAGAAUAAGAAUUCAAAUUCUCCCUUCCUGUAUCAUUGAUGCUUUUGUCUACUGUAGAUGAUGAACAACUCAAGCAUAAGAGAAACUCAUUCUAUAGAUACACAGAUGCUUCCACUCAGAAAUGCUGUCCCCAGAAAAAAGAUUGUGUUUUGGGAUUUUUUAAAAAAAUAUUUGAUGAGGGCAGAAAUAAUGAGAGCCCAAGGAAUACACAGGGGAGCAAAAAAUGGAUGUUCAGUAGUGCUGUGAUAAAACCUCACCUAUCCGCCCAGAGUGAACCACCCAGAGAGCUCCGGCUAUUGGGCGGUAUAGAAAUGUAAUAAAUAAAUAAAUAAAUAAU